AUGAAGAUGCGGAGCGAGGCGGACGUGGACGAGAAGAUCCAGGAGCUGAAGACCAUUACCCGGCUCCAGGAGCAAUGCCGGGCGCUGCAGACCCAGGCCAUGAAGGAGAAGACGGCCAAAAACAAGGCGACGCAGGCGCUCUUGCGCAGCAACAUCCGUCUCGGGGCCCAAAAGUGGGCUUUGGCCAAGAAGGACGACCAGCAGUCCAUCGCCAAGGCCUGCGGGAAGGACGUGCCCAUGCGGCUGGCGCAUUGCCGCUGCACCAUGGAGGUGGCACGGGAGAAGCUGCGCAAGUACGUCUUCGACCGAGUGAACGUGCACAACGCGCUGAUCCACCUGGCGCGGCGGCGCGGGCAGCAGCUGGAGAGCAUGCAGCUGGCGCUGGCCAGCCUGCAGAACCAGCCGGCGGCCACCAAGGAGGAGCUGCGCCUGCGGCAGGUCAUCCGCCAGCUGGAGAACAACAUCGAGAAGACGAUGAUCAAGAUCACCACGAGCCAGAACAUCCACCUGUUGUACGUGGACCUGCUGGACUAUCUGAAGAAAGAGCUGGCAGGGUACCCCAUGGCGCUGGACAAGCUGCAGAACCUCGUGGCCGACUACUGCUCCGAACUGUCGGACAUGACCGUCAUGUCCCAGGACGCCAUGGCGAUCACAGACGAGGUCAAGAUGAACAUGAGGCAGGGGGAGGCCACCUUCAUCGAGGAGCGCCGGGCACGGGAGAAUAGGCUGAACCAGCAGAGGAAGCUGAUCGAGAAGAUCCACACCAAGGAUACCAGUGAGAAGUACCGCUGGGGCCAGAGGGAUUUGGACUUUCCCUCCAACCUCAUGGGAAUGGAAACCCUGAAAGUGAAGAGAAGAGGGACCUCCAUGGCCAACAUCGAGUACCAGUCGAAUAUCACCGCUUUGGUGGAGAAAGUCAAGAGCACCGUGCGGUGCUCCCACCUCUGGGACAUCACAGGCCAGUUCCUGGCUCAGAGGACCACGGAGGACAACCUAGAGGUGCAGAUGGGGGACUGUGAGGCGAGGCGGACUCAGCUGGGAGCCCUGAUGAGGCAGCUGGAGAUGGAGGAGGCGCUGCUCAAGUUCCACCAGAUGCCCAGCUCCAGCAGCUUUGAGUCUGCCCAGAAGAAAAUGAAGGAUAUACUGAAGGAGGAGGAGGAGCGGCUGCAGCUGGCCCAGAGGAACAUGACCAAGGGCCAGAAGCUGCUGCUGACCGUCCAGAUGGGCAUCGACAACCUGUGCUUCCGGCUCGCCGGCAUCGCCCUGUCCCGCGCCCAGAGAGAAGUGGUGCCCUUGGACAGCCUGGACGUGCACAGCAAGCUGGCCUACUGCGAGAAGAAGCUCCUGUACCUGGCCGACAGGGUGCAGGCGUUGUCCCCGACCGAGGAGAUCAACAUGAAGGUGAGGGAUGCCUUGGAGUCCUCGACUCUGAAGGAGAAACAGAACACCAGGAUCACCUUUGAGGACCUGGAGGAGGACAUGAUCGACACCUUCCACUUCGCGGAUGUGGACCACAGCUACGUCCCCUCGCGGGCCGAGAUCAAGAGGCAGGCCCAGCGCGUGAUCGAGGGGAAGCUCAAGGUGCCCAAGAAGAAGAAGUGA